AUGAGUUCAUCUAUUUUAACUCAAGGUGGAAAAAGAGUUGCUGUUUUAGGUGGUGGUGUUUCUGGUCUGACCGCUUAUCAUUAUCUUACGAAGCGUGUGGGUUUAGCAGCACAACUAAGAGCCAAGCAAAAUGAAGACGAUAUGCUAAAGAUCGAUUUGUUUGAGAGUUCGCCGAGAACUGGUGGUCGUAUCGAGACAGAGGUAUGGGAGAAGAGUGUUAUCGAGCGAGGACCAAGAUCGAUUCGUGUCGCCGGCCACGGUAUUCAUACACUGGAUCUGGUGGCGGAGCUGCGUCUGGAGAAUCAAAUACUGUUCGCGUGCAAGAAGGCAAAAACCAGAUAUAUGUUGAUCGACGGCAAAGUUCAACCGUUGCCAUCGAGUUUUCUCAAUGCCGUGCGCUUUGGAUUCUCCAAUGGCUUGGUGUAUCCGAUACUCUCAGAGAUCUUUAGAUCGCGUAGCAAAGAGGAGGACGAGUCGAUACAAUCGUUUUUCAGUCGUCGUUUAGGUGAGAAUGCAGCGUCGAUGUUUGUCGAGCCAGUUUGUUUAGGUAUCCACGGUGGUGACUACACACGACUGUCUAUUAAAUCUUGUUUCCCAUCGUUGUAUGAGUUGGAGCGUGAGAGUGGAUCACUCAUAUUGGGUUCGCUGCUCGCCAAGAAGAAACAAGAGGCAGAGUCAUUGGAAAAGACUGCAUUGUCAUUGGAUCACGAUUCCGUUAGGCGAGUCAAAUCCAUGUUGAACAAAGACAACGAUUCCACUAGAAUCUUCUCAUUUAAAGACGGAGGUCUACAGAUGUUGACAGACAAACUGACCAAAUCGAUUCCAGAGCGUAAACUCUAUAUGAAUACCCAUAUACAAUCGAUUGAACGAAGCGAUAAGAACGGUACUCCUGUUUAUAGGCUAGUUGAUAGUCAUGGAAACGAACAUGAAUAUGAUACUGUUGUAUCUACCGUGCCUCUACAUCAAUGGGCGUCCAAGAAACCACUGGGUUCAUUCGAUAGUGAGCUGGCGGCAUUAUGCUCCAAGAUGGAAUAUUCCAAUAUCGCUGUUGUCAAUCUUGUCUAUGAUUCAACACCCGUUAGAGCUAGAGUGUCAGGACUUGGAUUUGGAUAUUUAGUUGCAUCGCGUGAAGGUUUGCCUGUAUUAGGUGUCGCUGUGGACAGCAAUACUUUCCCAGAGUCGGCAGGCAUGGGUAAUGGUGGUGCCAGAUCGAUUAUCACUGUAAUGAUUGGUGGUAACUCUGGCAUUUCACAACGCAAUCCUCAAUGGCAAGAUGUCAUCAACAUGAAAAAGUCUACACUUAUCGAUAUCGCGAUUAAGCAUGUCGAACAAUACCUAGGAUUGAACGAAGCACAGACCCGUCCUAUACACACCGCAGCCACCAUCUACCACAAUGCAAUUCCACACUAUUCAGUUGGACACCAAGCACUCUGUAAACAAAUCGAACAGCAUCUCCAAGAUAAAUACAAGGGUACAUUGCAACUCGGUGGAAAUCAUAUGAUUGGAGUUGGUGUAAACGACUCAAUCUACAACUCGAAGUCAAUAGCUCAAAAGGUUAUAAAUAGAAUAUUUAAUAACAACAACAAGGAUAAUGUACACUAUCGUACUGAUAUUGUUAAAUAA